UGAUAAUCAGUCAUCUUCAUAACAAAUCAAGAAAAUCCCAAGAAGUCCUUACAGAAUUCCAUGCUUCUCUUUCACUGUUAUGCUUAUGUAUGCAUAAUAUGUGUUGGAUGGCAUAUAAACUUAUUACCUAACACUGAUAACUCCACCCUUUCUUUCAUAUGAUCCCCACCACCACUUAGAAUUAUCUGAUUUUUUUUCUUUUUUUUUUCUAUGUCCUUGUACCAUCUGCAAGAGGCAGAAGAGGACCCUAUAGUCAUUUUUGGAUUUGGGUUUUUGAGAAGGCUCAAGGCUGGUGCCAGAAAGCUCCUUCUCAGCUUAGAUUCAGUCUCACAGUUGCCCCCACAAAUAUAUUUUCCCCAAAAGCUUAUCAAGUUAUAGACUUGGCUAUAUAAUUGGAUUUUAUAAGAACUGGGAUAAUUUGGUUUCUUGGUUGAGUUUUUGACAACUCAUGGUUUCUUGGUUUGAGUUUUUGUUUGGUUUGAGAUCUGGGCUUCUUUCUUUUUUCACUUGUUAGAAGGACAAGAAUUGUUGAAGGUGUUUCAGAGAUCUGGGCUUUGAAGUCUGCCCUUGUGAAAUCCCAUCCCAGAGAGGCACCUGGAAAUAUUAAAAAAUGGCUUCUGACCUCAAUGCUGAAUUAUCCAAGAAAACUGCCAUCUUUGGUCUUAAGGUCUGGGAAGUAAUUGGUAUUGUUGUUGCGCUAUUUAUUGUAAUUAUACUCUCUGUGCUGUCUCUUUGUCUUACUUCCCGAAAAAAGUCCCAAAGAGCUAGGGACAGGAUUCCUCUUAGCCAAAUCCCAACUGUCUCAAAAGAAAUUAAGGAAGUUCGAGUUGAGCAAGUAGCUGCAAGUGAAUUUGAUCCGCGUGAUGGAAUUCUUCUUACCAUUCAUGACAAGUCCAGUGACAGAGAAUCAGAUAAGGUUCUACUCCAUGUAGGAAUGGGGAAGGCUAAGAAUGGAGAGAUUAGCAGUCAGUCUGGUUCAUUUAAUCGUUUCGACAAAGACUGUGCAGGGUCACAAUCAGGAGAAGAUGGGGGUUCUGGUAAUUUCACUGUCUAUAAGCCAUCUUCUUCAUAUCCAAUAACUGCACCAUCUCCACUGAGCGGCCUGCCUGAAUUCUCACACUUGGGUUGGGGCCAUUGGUUUACAUUAAGAGAUCUAGAGCUUGCGACUAAUCGGUUUUCAAAAGAAAAUAUCCUUGGUGAGGGUGGGUAUGGAGUUGUUUACCGGGGGAAUCUGAUCAAUGGAACUCCAGUGGCAGUUAAAAAGAUCCUCAAUAAUGUGGGCCAAGCUGAGAAAGAAUUCAGAGUGGAAGUUGAAGCGAUUGGUCACGUGCGCCAUAAGAAUCUGGUUCGACUUCUUGGAUACUGCGUUGAAGGGAUUCAUAGGAUGCUUGUUUAUGAGUAUGUCAACAAUGGAAAUUUAGAGCAGUGGCUUCAUGGAGCCAUGCGUCAGCACGGAUAUCUCACUUGGGAAGCUCGCAUAAAGGUCCUCCUUGGCACAGCAAAAGCUCUUGCCUACUUACACGAGGCUAUUGAGCCAAAGGUUGUUCACCGAGACAUCAAAUCAAGCAAUAUUUUGAUCGAUGAUGACUUCAAUGCAAAGGUUUCUGACUUUGGCCUGGCCAAGCUGUUAGGAGCUGGGAAAAGUCAUGUAACUACUCGUGUUAUGGGGACUUUUGGAUAUGUUGCUCCAGAGUAUGCGAAUACUGGCCUUUUGAAUGAAAAAAGUGAUGUUUAUAGCUUUGGAGUUGUCCUUUUGGAAGCAAUUACAGGAAGAGAUCCUGUCGACUAUGGACGCCCUACCCAUGAGGUAAAUCUUGUAGAUUGGCUGAAAUUGAUGGUAGGGAGCAGGCGCUCAGAAGAAGUGGUAGACCCAAACAUUGAGGUGAGACCAUCAACAAGGGCUCUAAAGCGAGCACUUUUGACUGCAUUGAGGUGCGUCGAUCCAGAUUCUGAGAAAAGACCGAAGAUGGGCCAAGUGGUUCGUAUGCUGGAGUCAGAGGAAUAUCCUAUAUCAAGAGAGGAUCGAAGGCACCGUAGAACCCAAGCAGGCAGCAUGGAGAUUGAUUCGCAAAAGGAAUUUUCAGAUACCGAUCGGAGUGAGAAUCCGGGCUCAAGAUCAGGUAGCAGAAGCUACCAAAGGUCAUGAGUUCCAUUACCAACUAUAAGUCAUUUGAUGAGUAUCUAUUAUCUGAUGAGCAACACUUAUUCUUGAAAUUCUUUCAACUCUUUAAUUUUCUUGGGCUUGUAUUGUAUAUCUUGAGCCAAUAUUUGCCAUUGGUAUUGAGGGCUUGGUUAGGGGCCAGGUAGGGUGGAGGUGGUCAGAGAUUGCUGAGAUGAUCUUUCUGUCUCUUUUUUUUCUUUCUUUUUUCUUUUUCAACUUUGCAUCUUACUUGUAGAUGGAGAGAGUAUUGUUUGUGUAUUAAAGUGGUGGUUUGUGAAAAUCCCCUUAACAUUUGAGGUAUGUGUACAGAAUUGGUAGCUCUUUAAACUCUUGUCUUAUAAAUUCUCUUAUUUUUGUU